GUAGUCAAGACAGGAAAACAAGCGUUCAGAAGAGAUCGUUAUUCAAGAGACAAUCUGUGUGUUUUGUGUCUGUGGUUUAGAGACGGUGUACAGUUUCCAGGUUAAAACACAGAUAUUGGCUGAAUAUAUUCUCGUGUAAGCGCGUUGAGCGCGUAUUUUUACCACCAAAAUGUUCAAGCGAGUGUUCCACAACAAGAAGACGAAAAAUCGACCAGAGAUUUCAACGCCAUCUAAUUUCGAGCACCGGUUCCACACGGGCUAUGACUUGUCUGGCGGAAAAUUUUUCGGACUGCCGCCACAAUGGGAAGCAGUGUUGGGAAUCAAAGAACCAAAACGGCCACCACCACUAGUCGAUCCCGACGCCAUCACGGAAAUGUCGCCACUUCGCAAGAAAAACCCUCGCUUGAACGAUGUGGUCUCUGUAAGUAGGUCUAACUCUCUGAGGGACUCUUUUCGUGGGGCUGCUGGCAGACCUGCCCCGCAUAAAAGACAUCAUCAACGACUAAACGAAGCAGAAGAGGCUGACUUUGCUCCUAGGGCUCGUCAACCUAAUCGCGAGCAUAGAGAAAAUGAACGCCAUAAUCGCCCUUACAGCCAGGGCUACCACGAAGAGGAACGUAAACAUUCCUUACACAGAACUCGUCCGUACCAGAGAGAAAGCUCAGAUUACGGUUCUGGUAGCACUGAUUCUGCAGGGGAAAGCAUGGAUGAUUCAAGAUCUAGUAGGACUAGACUCAUGUAUUCUGACACACCGGUUACGCACGAACAAUUCCGUCGGCAUUUAGAAGUUGUUGUCCAAUCUACCAGACAACCCGAAAACUUAGGAAAUUUUAUGAAAAUCGGAGAGGGAUCAACUGGAAUCGUCUGUCUAGCAACGGAUAAGAGGACUGGUCGUCAGGUUGCAGUUAAGAAAAUGGACUUAAAAAAGCAGCAAAGGAGGGAGUUACUGUUUAAUGAGGUGGUGAUUAUGCGAGACUAUCCACAUCCUAAUAUUGUGGAGAUGUAUGGUAGUCAUCUUGUUGGUGAUGAGCUCUGGGUGGUCAUGGAAUUCUUAGAAGGUGGAACAUUAACAGAUAUAGUUACACAUACCAAUUUAUCAGAGGAGCAGGUAGCGUGUGUUUGCCGAGCUGUUCUGAAAGCUCUCACCUUUCUCCACUCACAAGGCGUUAUCCACCGGGACAUAAAAAGUGAUAGUAUUCUAUUAACCUCGAAUGGAACGGUAAAGCUCUCUGACUUUGGAUUCUGUGCCCAAGUCACCGAGGACAUGCCACGUAGGAAGUCACUAGUUGGCACCCCUUAUUGGAUGGCACCUGAGGUUAUUUCCAGGAAACCCUAUGGUACCGAGGUUGACAUCUGGUCACUAGGAAUUAUGGUAUUAGAGAUGGUAGAUGGCGAGCCACCAUACUUCAAUGAGCCACCGCUUCAAGCCAUGCGCAAACUACGUGACUUAGAGCCACCAACAUCACGCAACCCCAUACAGAUUUCUCCACGGCUUCAGUCGUUCCUCGAUAACGCCCUCAUCCGGGACCCUCUGUACCGAGCCACCGCAUUUGAGCUGCUCAACCACCCCUUCAUCCGUAACGUAGGCAAUUCCACGGCCAUGCAAGACAUGAUGAGGAGCUUUCGACACAGCGUGUGCUAGUAGCAAUGGGUUUCCUGUGACGGAGGGUAAUCACAGGUAGACCAAAAGAUCAUGAUCCGGAGAUAUCACUGGAGCGCUGAGCGCGGGAUCACGGCCGCAAGAUCAGAUUAAUGACAGGACAACCACUGGGUUCUUGUUAGAACGAUAGAGCUUACUUUCGUGUUUGUUUAAAUAAGCACAUGGUUGCCUUUUUUACUUUUAACUGGUUUUAACAUUUUUAUUUUUUAUUAUUGAUAAACAUUAUGCUACUGGUUAGCUUCUUAAGCCAAAGGUUAAUUUGACAACGAUUCGUGGUCGACACUUUUCUAUUUUUUGUUUAUAAAGUAUCUUAAGGAUUUUUUGACUGCUACAGUAGCUAAGAUUGACACCACGCUUAGUGUCCGAGUGUCAUAAGCUUCGAAGAAGAAAAGCGUCGAUACCGAGUAUACCCUGAUUCAGAUGAAACAUAAAUUUUGAUAAAAAAUACUACAAAAAAUAUACAAGCCACAGAGAUGGAGCCGCGCUAUCGGAUCUCUAAAGUAAGGAAUUUUAGCAAUAAGAGUGCUUCCCAUGAAGCCUGGAUUUGUUUGUAUUUAGGCUCAUUGACCCAUGCACCACUGUGGGUUUUACUACACAUGGAUUCUCCGAGUGCAACCGUAUUUGAGAUAUGUGUAUACACUCCAGGCCCGUACCCAGGACUUUUCUUGGGGAGGUGCGAAAUCCGAAAAAAAGUGGACCCUAACUUUUCUUGGGGGGGAGGGGGAAGGGAGUGAGUUUUCGGAUAAAAAUCUGAACAAAGAGGGUUUUUUAUGCCUUUGCAUUAUCUCCACGGGACGUUUAUUGUCGAAUUUGGCUACAAAUAAAGUCUGACUAAUGACAUACCAGAGUGAUCUAGCUUAUGCUUUAUAGUUUUGUCUACAAAUAGCACGUCUUACUCUUGUGUGUGUGUGUGGGGGGGGGGGGGGGGGGGGGGUGCGUCUCCCCGGUACCGCCUGCACCCCCCUGGGUACGGGCUUGCACUUAGAUUGUAGAGUCAUAAUAAAUAUUUCCCUGUCCUCUCUUUCCAUGGAGAGAAAAGUUGGCCCUCGCGCACUUUUUAAUUACAAUAGAUCGAACCUCUCAAAUUUAUUGUAUCUUUAUUUUUAAUACUUUCAACGCUUCAGUAGAAUAUGGCAACCAUUUGAGGAAAUGAACGAUGUUUCAUAAUUGUACAAUAAAGGAAUAGUUAUAAUAAUCACAUUCGCUUAUUGAAUUAUGCACAACAAUAAACAUGAGACCGUUCACCCAA